GCCCUGCCUGGUCCCUCCUCCUCCCGUCCGUCCUAUCCUUCCUGGCUCCUCGGCCAUGGCAGCCACGGGCUCCCUUCCCCUCAUGGCUGCCUCCUUCUUCUUCCUCCUCCUCCUCUGCCUUCUCCAAAGGGGCUCCUCCUGGGCCUCAGAGCUGCGCCACCCGCCCUCCAGGAUAGGUGUGAUAGGAGCGGGCAUCGGGGGCACCUCGGCCGCCUAUUUCCUGCGCCAGAAGUUUGGCAAAGACGUGGCGAUCGACGUCUUUGAGCGAGGGGAGGUGGGGGGCCGCUUGGCCACAGUCAACAUGGAGGGCAGAUACUAUGAAGCCGGAGGCGCCGUCAUCCACCCGCUUAACCUGCACAUGAAGCACUUUGUCAAAGAACUGGGACUGUCUGUUCCUCAGAGUCGCAAUGGACUCCUCGGCAUUUACAAUGGAGAUGAGUUUGUCUUCGAGGAGAGCAGUUCGAACAUCUGGAACUUCUUGAAGCUCCUCUGGUAUUAUGGACUGAACUCCCUGCGAAUGUACCUCUGGGUAGAGAAGAUCUUGGACAAGUUUAUGAGGAUCUAUCGCUAUCAGUCUCAUGACUAUGCCUUCAGCACCAACGAGGCUUUGCUCCAUGCCCUGGGAGGCUCUGAGUUUGUUCAGAUGCUGAACCAGACCAUCGAUGAGUCUAUGCAGACAGCCAGUUUCUCCCAGAAGUUCAUCCGUGAGAUGGUGACGCCGGUCAUGAGGGUCAACUACGGACAAGGCGUCAACAUCAAUGGAUUUGUGGGCGCAGUCUCUUUGGCAGGAGCCGAGGGUGGACUUUGGUCCGUAGAAGGGGGUAAUAAACUAGUCUGCGUUGGCCUUCUCUACACUUCGAAAGCUCAACUGAUCCCAGGUACUGUGAUCUCCCUGGAGGAAACAAUGCGGCCCAAAGGACGCUCAGGAGGGACCGUGAAGCUGUAUGAAAUUACCUACAACUCCACUUCGGGCGUGACGUCUGACCUCUACGACAUCGUUCUGAUCGCUACUCCUUUGCACCGCAAAAUCGCCAACAUAACCUUCCGCAGCUUCAAGCCGCCCAUUCCUGACUUCUCCAGUCCUUACCACCAGACAGUGGCCACGUUUGUCCACGGACACAUCAACACUUCUUUCUUUGGCUACCAGGACCCCUCCCAGUUCCAACUGAGCAGCAUUUUCACCACGGAAAACCCCAACCUCUUCAUCAACAGCAUUGGCAUCGUCUCCCCCGUCCAAGACAAAACGAGGGAGUUCCCAGGCUCUCCGGUCUGGAAAGUGUUUUCCUCCCAGCCUCUGACCAAGGAGCAGCUGAACUUGCUUUUCUCCUCCUACGAUUCGGUGGAAGUGAAGAAGUGGCUUGCCUACCCUCACUACAGCCCCCCCGAGAAGUCUCCCCCCGUCAUUCUCCAUGACCGGAUGUACUACCUCAACAGCAUGGAGUGGGUUGCAAGCGCCAUGGAAAUGAGCGCCAUCUCCGCUAAGAACGCGGCCCUUCUGGCCUACCACCGCUGGUACAACCGGCUGGACAGGAUCGACCAAGAGGAUUUGCACACGAGGCUCAAAACGGAGCUCUGAGGGGAAAUGUACCCAUUGCUGGGAAAGACAGAAAGUGCCUCAAACAGCGUGAACCUGGUGGCGGCAUUCACACUUUGAGCCUAUUUUGCUGCUGGAACAAAAUGUUAAACUUUCUAAAACAGAGUAUUUGGUAACAGCUCCUUUAAAGUACUCUUAUCUUUUUAAGAAAUCUCUAUAUCCUGUUAUGCAAAAAAGAGAUUCCACAAAAAUAUUUCUUUUGAAUGCAGGAAGGAAUUUAAAAUGUUAUUUGAGCACAUCCCGUGUUCAAGUGUUUCUUUAGAUAAGACUUCUUAACCCCAUUAGCAAAAGGAGAAUAGGGAUGGGACACAGAAGUCGUGAAUGUGCUGAACUUGAUUCCUGUUGAGCUCUUUAAUAAGUAAGUCAGGCUACUUGUUUAUGACAUGUUGAUCAACUUGCCCUUGCCUUGAUAGGGAACUGUCAGAGCUCCUCCAAGUUGAAAAGAGUUUGGCAGCUGUUCUUAUAAGAUCCAGAAAAGUUUGGGCAGCUCUCUCCAGAUGUUAAUGCUCCCAUCAUUCCCAGCCAAGGCUGAACACUGGGAGCUGAAGUCCCAACAGUGUCUGGAGGGACAUCCUUUGCCCACAGUUGCUGUCAAGGGAGGAGCGGGUGGCAUUAACUUGAACUGUUAAAAUAUUCUGUUUACUUGUUUUGUCUUGGUGCUGAAGCCAGCAACUGUUACCUUUACUAAGCUACACAGAUUGGGAGAUGAGUGAAAUAAACUAACAGUGUGUGCCAUA